AUGGCGACAGGCUUUGUCGGGCUCUCGGUCGCGGUGACGCUCCAGAAUCCUCCGGGGGCAGUCUUGCUAGGUGUCGUCAGUGGCGUGGACCAGCAGACGGCCACUUUGACGCUUCACGAUGUCUUCUUUCCGAGCUCGGGUCAUCGCUUACCGUCAUACACCGUCGAAGGCCACAUGAUUGCUGACAUCAAGGUCAAUGCCUCUGCGCCUGCUCCUCCGCAGCCUCCUCCGCCACACGCGCAAUACCCCCAAAGCCAUGUUCCCGAUACCCGUGCAAACACUGGCCAUCAAAUCUCCCACCACGUCAGUCAACCGUCGUUGAUUUCGCACGCCGACCCGUCGAUGAACACCCGCCAAGGUUCGCGUCAAUCUAUUUCCCAGCCAGCUCCAGCUGCGCCAUUUGUUGAUCCCGCGAUCCUGAGUAUGGGAAAGCGCGCUGCUACACUCGCAACAGCUCCUCCUCAAGAAGCUCCUGCUACACCAAUCAAGCCCAUGGUCCCUGGGAGCGCCGUGCCUUUACACAAGAGUACAUCUUCGUUUGCCGGUCACAUCAAACCACAGAGUGUUCGGAAGCCCAGCGCAGCAACUCUCGAGGGCCCUUUCUCGUCGCUGGACAUUGCAGAUGCAGAGGAGGCAGACAAUGAGACAAGGGCUGUGCGAGCUGGCGUGCGUAGAGCAAGCAUCAGCAAGACGAGAACAGGCAAGCCUAUGGACGAUGUGAGUCCCCAGAAGAAUGACGACGGUGGCAAGAAGACUCGGCGAGGUGGGAAAUCGCGGAAGAAGGAGGUUGCGGCUCAAGAGAGGAAGAACGGUGCGGACGUGCAGUCUCUCGGUAGCGUCAAGAAAGGGUACGUGCGGUUCUUGGAUACCAGACGGAUGGAAAACCCACUAGUGCUGCAUGAGCUGACUCGUAAUAGCAAAGGUAAUGGUUGGAGAAAUACGCCUAUGCUACAGGCUGCCGAGGAACCGCAGACGAGAACACCAGGUGUUAUUGGUGGAAGAGUCGGUAUUGCAGCAGCGAACGCCUCGAACCGCAAGACAAAACGACAACAGGCUCUCGAGGCUACCAAUGGCUGGGCGACGGAAGACGCAACCGACAUUCAGGAUAUGCCCGAAUUCGACUUCCAGACCAACCUCUCCAAAUUUGACAAGCGCACCGUAUUCGAUCAGAUCAGGAACGAGGAUACAACAGCAGAUGAGGAUCGUUUAGUCAGCUUCAAUCGUUUGGCGAGGCCCGGAACACAUGGUGGAAAGAACCUGCACCCUACAGAGAAUGUGCUCGAUCGAAAGCUCAAGAGCGCAACCAAUUCAAGCUCUGAAGAAGAGUCGGAUUUUGGCAGUGGGCGAAACUCCAGGCGCGCCAUGUCAAGAGCUUCAAUCAAACGGGCACCCACACGUCAAGGCAGCAGUGUUCAGGCAGACAUAGACAUGAUGGGAUCAGGAGUGCUACCGCGUACCAACCGUUCGUUCAUCAACCGGCCCUACGCUUCUUCACAUGCUACUGGUAGUCCUCGGCCGGGCCGCACCGCUACGCCUCCAGAAUCACCCCCAGAGUCGAAUGCAAAAGGCUGUCUGCGCUUGGUUCCCAACAAUCGCAAAUGCUUUGCUAUUACACCGGGCGGCAUGCUGGCAGUUGAGGAGACAGCGGAAGUAGAGUUUGGCCUGACCGAGGAUCUCAUCGCAGAGAGUGCCGGCAGAGGCAUUGCUGAAGUCGCCCUCACAGCCAUAAAUCCGGGGGGCAGACGACUGGCGCGCGACAACCCCAACGCGAAUCCUGUCAUAGUUGUUCUAGCAGGUAACCACCGUGCCGGGGCACGCGCCAUAGCAGCGGCACGUCAGCUCGCCCAACGUGGGCCAAAGGUCAUGGUUGCACUUCUUGGCUUCGAGCGCAAUGCCGACUGGGACAAAGACAUACGACGGCAGGUUGAUCUGUUCCGAAAAUUCGGUGGCUCUGUUCGUGCGUGGAAAGACACUGAAGAGGCUCUAAAGCGCCUGCAAGCACCCCCCGAACUGAUCAUCGACGCCUUGCUCGGUCGCCAUAGAGAGUUCGAGGCCCUCGGCGAUCAAGAUCAGCGCAUCGUCCUGGGUAUAGUAGGCUGGGCGAACAAGUCACGCGCCGCCUGCCUAGCAGUCGAAACCCCAUCAGGCGUAGGCGGCUCCACCGGCGAAGUCUCCAUCCUCGAAGGCGAGCCUCUCGAAGUCCGCGCAAAGUACAUUGUCUGUCUUGGCGCGCCACGAACCGGCUUGGUAAAGGCACUCCAACACGGCGCUGGACGCGAUCCGCAGUGGCUUAUCUGGAUUGUGGAUAUCGGCGUCAACAAGCCGUGGCGCAAUGCUGGCAUUAGCGGUGGAAAAGGCAUCAAGUUUGGCGAGCACUGGGUUGUCCAGGCGAGGUUCGAGGAAGGUUCCGUUGGAGAAGGUGCCGGUGGAAGGAUUUAA